UUUGAUGUGGACAAUGGCACAUCUGCGGGACGGAGUCCCUUGGAUCCCAUGACCAGCCCAGGAUCUGGGCUAAUUCUCCAAGCAAAUUUUGUCCACAGUCAACGCCGGGAGUCCUUCCUGUAUCGAUCCGACAGCGAUUAUGACCUCUCUCCAAAGUCUAUGUCCCGGAACUCCUCCAUUGCCAGUGAUAUACAUGGAGAUGACUUGAUUGUGACUCCAUUUGCUCAGGUCUUGGCCAGCCUGCGAACUGUACGAAACAACUUUGCUGCAUUAACUAAUUUGCAAGAUCGAGCACCUAGCAAAAGAUCACCCAUGUGCAACCAACCAUCCAUCAACAAAGCCACUAUAACAGAGGAGGCCUACCAGAAACUGGCCAGCGAGACCCUGGAGGAGCUGGACUGGUGUCUGGACCAGCUAGAGACCCUACAGACCAGGCACUCCGUCAGUGAGAUGGCCUCCAACAAGUUUAAAAGGAUGCUUAAUCGGGAGCUCACCCAUCUCUCUGAAAUGAGUCGGUCUGGAAAUCAAGUAUCAGAGUACAUAUCAAACACAUUCUUAGAUAAGCAACAUGAAGUGGAAAUUCCUUCUCCAACUCAGAAGGAAAAGGAGAAAAAGAAAAGACCAAUGUCUCAGAUCAGUGGAGUCAAGAAAUUGAUGCACAGCUCUAGUCUGACUAAUUCAAGUAUCCCAAGGUUUGGAGUUAAAACUGAACAAGAAGAUGUCCUUGCCAAGGAACUAGAAGAUGUGAACAAAUGGGGUCUUCAUGUUUUCAGAAUAGCAGAGUUGUCUGGUAACCGGCCUUUGACUGUUAUCAUGCACACCAUUUUUCAGGAACGGGAUUUAUUAAAAACAUUUAAAAUUCCAGUAGAUACUUUAAUUACAUAUCUUAUGACUCUCGAAGACCAUUACCAUGCUGAUGUGGCCUAUCACAACAAUAUCCAUGCUGCAGAUGUUGUCCAGUCUACUCAUGUGCUAUUAUCUACACCUGCUUUAGAGGCUGUGUUUACAGAUUUGGAGAUUCUUGCAGCAAUUUUUGCCAGUGCAAUACAUGAUGUAGAUCAUCCUGGUGUGUCAAAUCAAUUUCUGAUCAAUACUAACUCUGAACUUGCCUUGAUGUACAAUGAUUCCUCGGUCUUAGAGAACCAUCAUUUAGCUGUGGGCUUUAAGUUGCUUCAGGAAGAAAACUGUGACAUUUUCCAGAAUCUGACCAAAAAGCAAAGACAAUCUUUAAGGAAAAUGGUCAUUGACAUCGUACUUGCAACAGACAUGUCGAAACACAUGAAUCUACUGGCUGACUUGAAAACAAUGGUUGAAACUAAGAAAGUGACAAGUUCUGGAGUUCUUCUGCUUGAUAAUUAUUCUGAUAGGAUCCAGGUCCUUCAGAAUAUGGUGCAUUGUGCAGAUCUAAGCAACCCAACAAAGCCUCUCCAGCUGUACCGCCAGUGGACAGACCGGAUCAUGGAGGAGUUCUUCCGCCAAGGAGACCGAGAGAGGGAGCGCGGCAUGGAGAUAAGUCCCAUGUGUGACAAGCACAAUGCAUCCGUGGAAAAAUCACAGGUGGGCUUCAUAGACUAUAUCGUUCAUCCUCUCUGGGAGACAUGGGCAGACCUCGUACACCCUGAUGCCCAGGACAUUUUGGACACUUUGGAGGACAAUCGUGAAUGGUACCAGAGCACAAUCCCUCAGAGCCCCUCUCCUGCACCUGAUGACCAGGAGGAGGGCCGGCAGGGUCAAACUGAGAAAUUCCAGUUUGAACUAACUUUAGAGGAAGACGGUGAGUCAGACACAGAAAAGGACAGUGGAAGUCAAGUGGAAGAAGACACUAGCUGCAGUGACUCCAAGACUCUUUGUACUCAAGACUCGGAGUCUACCGAAAUCCCCCUCGAUGAACAGGUUGAAGAAGAGGCAGUAGGGGAAGAAGAGGAAAGCCAGCCCGAAACUUGCAUAAUAGAUGAUCGCUCCCCUGACACGUAACAGUGCAAAGACUUUCAUGCCUUUUUUUUUUUUUAAGUAGAAAAAUUGUUUCCAAAGUGCAUGUCACAUGCCACAACCACGGUCACACCUCACUGUCAUCUGCCAGGACGUUUGUUGAACAAAACUGACCUUGACUACUUAGUCUGGCGCUCAGGAAUAUUGUAACCAGUUUUUUCACCUCCAUGUCAUCAAAGCAAGGUGGACAUCUUCAUGAACAGCAUUUCAGUGAGAUUUCAGCUUGGUAGAGCUGAUGAGGCAGAUAAAAUCUACUCCAGAAUGUUUUCAAGAGAGUGUGGCUCAUCAGGCAGCCCAAAAGUUGAUUGGACUUGGGGUUUCUUUUAUUUUUGUUUGUUUGCGAAGUUUUCAGAAGGCAUUAUACAGAAUGAACUUAAUGGAUGAAGCAACAAAUGCAUCAAGACCAGGGCACAGUAUAAAUCUGUUACCAGGAGGAAGGGGAUGAGCCAUAGAAAUUGCAUAAUUUUCUAAUUUCAAGUCUUCCUGAUACAUGACUGAAUAGUGUGGUUCAGUGAGCUGCACUGACCUCUACAUUUUGUAUGAUAUGUAAAACAGAUUUUUUGUAGAGCUUACUUUUAUUAUUAAAUGUAUUGAGGUAUUAUAUUUAAAAAACUAUGUUCAGAACUUCAUCUGCCACUGGUUAUUUUUUUCUAAGGAGUAACUUGCAAGUUUUCAGUACAAAUCUGUGCUACACUGGAUAAAUCUAAUUUACUAAUUUUACUUGCACCUUAUAGUUCAUAGCAAUUAACUGAUUUGUAGUGAUUCAUUGUUUUAUAUACCAAUGACUUCCAUAUUUUAAAACAGAAAAACAACUUUAUGUUGCAGGAAACCCUUUUUCUAGGUCUUUGUUUAUUUUGCUUUUUGUUUCACUCUUUCCAGAUAAGCAGAGUUGCUCUCCAUUGAUGUUUUUCUUCACAGUGUGCAAAGUGACUAUUUGUUCUAUAAUACUUUGAUGUGCGUUAUGUCAAAUGUGUCUUAAGCUUCAUGGAAACUCAAUCAUCAGUUGGGGUGUCUGAAGCAAGUGGAAGAUAUAUAAAUACCCAGUAGCUAAAAUGGUCAGUCUUUUUUAGAUAUUUUCCUACUUAGUGUCUUCUGAUAACUUUUUGCUGUAUUGAUAGACGUGCAUUUCACAAGUGCAUGUCUUUGUAAUGAUCCACACAUUUCAUGCUCAUUUUUAUCAUUUUUAUAACCAGUUAUAGUAAGAAAAACAUUUUCCCCUCGUGCUGCUUUAUUAUUUAGUGUGUGUUUGAACCUCUGUUCAUGUUUGCUAGAUGGGGGUCUUAUCAAAUAUAUCAUCACCAUUCUGAUUGCUGAAAAGAAACAGGUAGUCAAGUUAGGGUUAGCAUUCAUUUCUGCCAUGAGGCUGUAUAUCAUGAUUAGCUUUCACUCUUGGUUUACAGAGCAAAGUUAAUGGCCAGCUUGGCAGUUUUUAAGAACAUUAACAGAAUAUAUUAACAAACACCAGUACAAUGAAUUCUCUUCGGUUUUAAUGAUUUCACCAUAGGAUUAAGAACUAUAUCAAGACUAUGCCUGAGAAUUGAUUUUAAGUGUAGCAACUACUCUUCUUAAUGGAUAGCCACAUAACAUGUAGGAAUUGCUUUAUCACUUAUGGUCAAUCCAGAGACAUGUCUUGUAGAGGGGAACUACUUCUAUAAACACACUGAGGGAGAGAAAUUGAUACCACUGGCACCAGAGGGUUGGUGAUGUAAUGCAUCAUAAAACUUUGGAUUAGUAAAAAGAUGCUGCCUAAAUAAAAAAUGAGAGAUCACUCUUGGCUGAUUCCAGCACCAGGAACUGUACUGCAAUCUUAGAUAUUAAUUCUCAGCAUUUGCCUGAUACCUGUUGGCAUCAUGGGGCAUUUAGUUUGGACUUUAUUCCCAUAUCGGUUCUUCAAAAAGUAUUUAUCUUCUUUGUGAAGAGUUUAGAGCCCAAAUAAUCAUUUUUCACAUUGAUAUCCAAUAAUUUAGAUAGAGGAUAAAGAGGGUAUCUGGCCACAUGGAAAAUAAAAUUAUGAAAAAUCACAGCCCUGAAAAACAUCUAUAUUUGGAACUUCUGAAGGAGGCUUCUAGAUACUAGUAACUAAGUCAUCGGCCAGGGAAAUGACUCAAGCUCAAGCUCCAUUUUAAUUCCCUGAAGUCCAGCUGAUGCUUAGAACCUCUGAUAGAAAAGUUCCUGGCAGAACAGGAAUCAACUAGUUAAUUAGCAGAUUUCAACUCUUUCCUCUGUAAGGUCAAACAGAGAGUAACUCUUUGAAUAAAGACCUAUGUUUGACAAAGUGGUUUCACAAGAACAUUUGGAAACUUGUUUCUUUUAACUUUAUUUGUCCCUGAGGGAGGUCUAGAAGGAAAGGCAAGGAGUCUAGGGUUUAUUCCUCUUUCCAGAACAUUCUCAUUCCCUUCCCUCCCUACACUUGGUAUUUCCCCCACAGAGUGCCUAGAAUCUUAAUAAUGAAAAAAGAAAUUAAAACACAGCAAUAUGUCACUAACAAAUCCAGACCUGAAAGGAUUUAUAACUGCACUAAGAGAAACUUUUCCCCCCAGUUUGUUGGUUUUUAAUGGUACCAUGCUGUAAAGAUACCCACCAAUGGACAAUCAAGUCACAGAAAAGGCUAAAUAUCCAAGAGACAGGGACUAAUGCACUGUACAAUCUGAGUACCCUUGCCCUCCUCUCUUUCUUUCUCUCCUUCUCUCUCGCCAAAGUGUGCUUCAGAAAUAUACACUGCUUUAAAAAAGAACAUCCUUUUACAAGUGGCUUUAUGUAUCCUAAAAUGCCAUAAGAAAAUGCAAUAUCUGGGUACUGUAUGGGGAAAAAAAAAGUCCAAGUUUGCAUAAAACCAGUGCAUUUCAGCUUGCAAGUUACUGGACACAAUGCUGUAUUAAUUUUGUUUUCUUUUGCAUCAGUUAAAAUUCACAAGAUAAUAAUGUAGAUAGAACAAAUUGCAGAAAAGGAAAGAAAAAACUUGAAUGAAAUGGAUUUUACAGAAAGCUUUAUGAUAAUUUUUGAAUGCAUUAUUUAUUUUUUGUGCCAUGCAUUUUUUCUCACCAAAUGACCUUACCUGUAAUACAGUCUUGUUUGUCUGUUUACAACCAUGUAUUUAUUGCGAUGUACAUACUGUAAUGUUAAUUGUAAAUUAUCAGUUCUUAUUAAAACAUCGUCCCACGAUGGGAUGGUGUUGAUAUAUUUGGAAACUCUUGGUGAGAGAAUGAAUGGUGUGUAUACAUAUUCCUUGUACAUUUUUCUUUUCUCCUGUAAUAUAGUCUUGUCACCUUAGAGCUUGUUUAUGGAAGAUUCAAGAAAACUAUAAAAUACAUAAAGAUAUAUAAAUUUAAAAAACAUAGCUGCAGGUCUUUGGUCCCAGGGCUGUGCCUUAACUUUAACCAAUAUUUUCUUCUGUUUUGCUGCAUUUGAAAGGAAGGUAAUAGUGCAACUAGGGCUGGGCAUUUGACAUCCAGGCUUUCAACUGAUGGGAUUUCUGGCAAUAGCUGAAUUUUACAAAACCACAGACAACCUCUGGAAGAUUCUGAGACUCUUUUUGAAACCUAAGCUCUUAAAUACUUCUUGCCAAGGAGCAUAUGUGAUUGUUUGGCAACUGCUGAUCAGGAGCUGCUUCAGCUACUUGCAUUUGAUUGUUUGCUUGCUUUUUAACUAUCAAACACUACUGGGGAAAUGUGUUCUUGUCCAGUGAUUAUAUAGUCAUGAAAAAAAAAAUGCCUAGGCCGGGCACAGUGGCUCAAGCCUAUAAUCCCAGCACUUUGGGA